AGGAAACUGAAAGUAGCAAAAAAGGAAAGAAAGAAAAAAACAAAUGGCAAAGAUCAUGUGCUUCCUUACUCUUUUGAUGAUUUUUAUGUUGAUCUCCACAGGGAUACCGAAUGGAAAAGCUCAAUGUGAGGAACCUGGAGAACCAAUUGAAACGUUACCGACAGACGUAUGCGAUAUUGUGGAUGGGCAAAGUCUUUGCGACCUUACUUGCUUCAAGAUAGCAGGGUAUAUCCGCGGCGAAUGUGACACAGAAAAAGUUUGUCAUUGUUACAGUUGCCCAGCUUAAACUUACGACUUCUGCUGCUUGGAAAUAACCAUCAGUUCGAUCAGUUGAACAUACUUUGAUCUUUGUAUUUGAGUGUCUAUGUGUGUUUGGAAUAAAGAGAUUUUUAAUUUUACUACAAACCUUCAAGUUUACUUUUAAAC